AUGUUCAAGUGUUUUCCAUUACCAUUUUGUAAUCGAAAUUUAGAACAAAUUGAUAAACGUCAUUGUAAUUUAACAUCAGUACCAGAUGAUGUUCUUCGUUAUGCACGUACAUUAGAAGAAUUAUUACUUGAUGCCAAUCAACUUCAAGAUUUACCAAAGGGUGUUUAUCGUUUGACACAAUUACGACGUUUAACAAUUAGUGAUAAUGAAAUUCAACGUUUAUUACCUGAAAUUGGACAAUUAAUUAAUCUUGAAGAACUUGAUUGUUCUAGAAAUGACAUAGCCGAAAUUCCAGAAAAUAUUCGUCAUUGUCGAUCAUUACAAAGAUUUGAUUUUAGUGGUAAUCCAUUGGCAAAUAAUCUGCCAUCUGGUAUUAUUCAUCUUCAUCAAUUAAAUCAAUUAACAUUAAAUGAUGUUUCACUUGCCGAAUUACCAAAAGAAAUCGGCAGUCUGUCGAAUAUACGUGUUCUUGAAGUUCGAGAAAAUUUGCUCAAAAUUUUACCUGAAUCACUUGUACAAUUAGCAAAACUUGAAUCACUUGAUUUAGGUUCAAAUGUUAUUGAACAACUUCCACAUAAUAUUGGUAAUUUACAAUCAUUAAGAGAAUUAUGGUUAGAUUCAAAUGAAUUAAUACAAUUACCAAAUGAUGUUGGACAAUUAAAACGUUUACAAUGUUUAGAUGUAUCAGAAAAUAAAUUAACUUAUUUACCAAAUGAAAUUGGUAAUUUAGAAUCAUUGACAAAUUUUGAAUUAUCAUCAAAUCAAAUUGAACAAUUACCAAUAACAAUUGGUAAACUUCAACAACGUUUAUUAAUAUUAAAAAUUAAUUCAAAUAAUUUAAGUAAGUUAUGUGAUGAAAUUGGACAAUGUUUGGCAUUAACGGAAUUAAUAUUAACUGAAAAUACAUUAAAUGAAUUACCAAAAUCAAUUGGAAAUUUAAAAAAAUUAUCAAAUUUAAAUAUUGAUCGAAAUCAAAUAACAUAUUUACCUAUUGAAAUUGCUGAAUGUGAAUCAUUAGGUAUGCUUAGUUUACGUGAUAAUCGUUUAGCACAAAUUCCAUCAGAAUUAUCAAAAUUAAAACAUUUACAUGUACUUGAUUUAUCAGGAAAUCGUUUAUUAAAUUUACCAUGUACAUUACUUCAAUGUGAUUUAAAAGCAAUAUGGUUAGCAGAAAAUCAAGCACAACCAAUGUUAAAAUUUGCAACAGAUAUUGAUGUAAAUACCGGUGAAAGCGUUCUCACCUGUUAUUUACUUCCACAACAACAAUAUGUAUCAUCAUCAAUGGGUAUGUUUGAUAUUUAA